AAAUAAUUGUGUUUUUAUAAAACUGUAUAAGCUUUAGAUUUCUGCCUUUGAACCCUCCAAACAUUGGCCCCAUUCACUUUUAUUGUAAAUGUCUCACUGUAUCCACAAAUGAUCACUUCAAAAAAUAUUCAUUAGUUUUUUGCUGAGGAAAGAAAGUCAUACACAUCUGGGAUGGCAUGAGGGUGAGUGAAUGAUGUAAGAAUUUUUUAUUUAUUUUGUGAACUAUCUCUUUAAAACACUUUUUUUUUGUAUCUCACCGGAUAAGGACUUUUAUUAUUUUACAGUUUUGCACUGAAGUCACGUGAGGAGUUAUUUUCACAUUUAAAGUGGUGCAUUUGUUGCACUGUGCCGAUUAAUUAUACGGUUAAAGCGUAAAAAAAUCAUCGUGCCUGGGGAAAUUUAAUAACAGCAGUGUGGUUGACAUGGACGAGGACGGGUUACCCAUAGUGGGAUCUGGAAUAGAUCUUACUAAGGUUCCAGCCAUUCAACAGCGCCGAAUUGUGGCUUUCCUCAACCAGUUCAUCGUUCACACGGUCAGAUUCUUGAACCGGUUUUCUACUGUCUGUGAGGAGAAACUGGCUUCAUUAUCGCUACGAAUCCAGCAAAUUGAGACCACACUCAGCAUUUUGGAAGCAAAGUUGGCCUCUAUCCCCGGUUUGGAAGAAGUGACAGUGGAUGGAGUGAGACCAUCUGCAGAAACUAAUGGUCCCAGAGUGGAUGGCAGUCAUGGCGUAGUCUCCACGGCUCCUUCUCGAGAAGCAACUCAGGAAGUACAGGGGGUCCCUCUGGAGCCAAAAGCAGAGGCACUGGCGGAAAAUGUGAUGACUGUAGCCAAAGACCCGCGAUAUGCUAGAUAUCUGAAAAUGGUGCACGUGGGUGUUCCAGUCAUGGCUAUUAAAAAUAAGAUGGUAUUGGAUGGUUUGGACCCCAGUUUGCUUGAUACUCCUGAUGCACCUGUUCCAGAUGAUGUCAAAAAAGGGGCAGAUGAGCAAGAUGAUGACAGCUCAGGCAGUGAAUCAUCAUUCAGCGACUGAUUGGUCCCUCCCCCAGGCUAACGAACUUUGUAUUGGACCGGCCUGGAAAGGCCGUCAUGUACAUUGCUCUUGUCAAAGCGGGGUAAAUGCACUUUAAUGUUCCUUACAUGGGACAGACAAGCUGCCAUCAUUAGACUGUGUGUGUGUAUUUGGGUUAGAUAAUGCUGUGACACUCUAGUGAGGGUUCUAUGGUUGUUACAUCUCAGAGAGAGCAUACCAGACAUACUGCCCCUGAUAGUGGUGGCUUCUGAAAGCAGCUGCAUACUGGGUGGGAUUUAUUUUAUAAUUAGUCUUAAAUUUACUUAAGUGCUACUCUUAUUCAAGUAGCAUGCCUAAAAUGUAUAUCUAAUAACAAUAAAUGAUACCAGUGACUGUAUUUUAUUAAAUAGACACAAGCUGCCUUGAAACUAUGUUCGGAAGUUGAUAUGAAAACUGUAAUUCAGUGUUCAAUGUUCAUAUCGGAUUGAUUGAGUUUUGAUUUUUGUAAAUUAAUCUUCCAUUGCUAUUGGAGCACAUUUUAGAAAUGAGACAAAAAUAAUUUUUACAAAUUACCUAAUUUUCUUUAAAAAUAAAGCAAAACUCUGGGUUACAGUGAAGCACUUCCAAUGGAAGUGGAUGUGGCCAAUCUGUAAACGUUAAAAUACUCACUGUUUCAAAAGUAUAGCCAUAAGAUGUAAACAACAUGUGUGUUAAAAUGAGUUAUGUGUGAUAAAAUUGCUUGCAAACCUUUUCUGUGUAAACAAAGCCAAUUUUAAAACUUCGUUGCCAUGAUGGCGUAACGACGUAAACCAUAAAACAACCGUAAAAUGACAAUUUAAACAACUUUACAGCUUAUAAAAUAGUUCUUAUAUAAAAGUGCUUAUAUAAAAUUAUAUUCUUCACAUUUCCUUUUAAACCCUACAAAAAUCAGCCCCCAUUCACUUCCAUUGUAAGUGCCUCACUGUAACCUCCAUUUUUCUUUUUUUUUCAAAGAAAAGGAUGGACAAGUUGAAAUAUUACAUAGAAUAAUUAUGCCACAUAUACUGUUCAAAAAGGUGCAUUCAGGCUUUUUUCCCCAUUAAAAGGUUUUACUCCUAAAGAAAUUAAUUGUAAUUUUGAAAUGUAUGUUUAAAAUCUUGACCACUCACAUGAGAUGAAGACUCCAGUCAUGUCAGUAACCUUAUAAAAGCUGAUUUAUUAUACAUGGGGCGCCCUCAUUGAAGCUUCCAUUUUAGAAUCACAUGACCAGCUGAAUACAUUUACAUUUAUGCAUUUGGCAGACGCUUUGGAUAAAAGCGACUUACAGUGCAAUUAUUACAGGGACAAUCCCCCCUGGAGCUAAGUGUCUUGCUCAAGGACACAAUGGUGGUGGCCGUGGGGUUAGAACCAGCAACCUUCUGAUUAACACCCUGUGCUUUAGCCACAGCAACAACUUACAUUUAUAUAGCGCUUUUCUCAAACUCAAAGCGCUUUACAUAGUAUAGGAGGGAAUCUCCUCAACCACCACCAUUGUGCAGCAUCCACCUGGAUGAUGUGACGGCAGCCAUAGUGCGCCAGAACGCCCACCACACACCAGCUAUUGGUGGAGAGGAGAUGGUAGAGUGAUGUAGCCAAUUCAGGGAUGGAGAUUAUUUGGAGGCCAUGAUAGAUAGGGGCCAAUGGGGGAAUUUGGCCAGGACACCGGGGUUAAACCCCUACUCUUUACGAGAAAGUGUCCUAGGGAUUUUUAAUGACCCCAGAGAGUCAGGACCUCGGUUUAACGUCCCAUCCAAAAGACGGUGCUUUUUUUACAGUAUAGUGUCCCCGUCACUAUACUGGGGCAUUAGGACCCACACAGACCAUAGGGUGAGCACCCCCUGCUGGCCUCCCUAAUACCUCUUCCAGCAGCAACCUUGGUUUUCCCCAGGAGGUCUCCCAUCCAGGUACUGGCCAGGCUCAACCCUGCUUAGCUUUAGUGGGCAACCAGGCAAUAGCUGCAGGGUGAUAUGGCAGCAGCACUGAGUACUACUUGUUUUCAGUAACCGUCUUAUUAUUGGACACAUUCACUCUUGGAUUAAAUUAAUCUUGACUGAUUGUGAAUAGUGAAUUUCUACAAUGGCAUCUGUAACUGAAAACUAUUAGUUUUGAAUGAUGCUGCAUCCACACCACUAGGUGCCACUGUAAGUCCAAGAUGACACGAAAAAAAAGAUACUGAGUGCACCUUUAACUUGUGUUGAACCCGAAAACUUUCCUUUAAAUAUACACCACAAUUACAGUCAAUGAAAGCAAUUGCCAUUCCCCUUCACUUGUGUCUAUUACACUUCAAAUUUGGCAUCAUCAUCAUCAUGUGCUUUUAUUUCACAAUUACAAAAUCAGAGCACACUGAAGCAACUGACAUACAUUCAGAUUGCAUUGAAUAAAGUGGGAGGGUAAAACACACCUGUGGUUCACUCUCAGCUUCAUUUAAUUAUCACUUCGAAUAAUUAUAGGGCAAAAGAAAAAUAAUCAACAGAGCAUGAUAUUAAAAAUAUGCAAUGAUUGAUUUACACAGUAAUAAAUGCAAACAUAUGUGAGGCAUUUUAAAUGUCCUUAAUUUUAUUUUUUUUGUCUUGAUCGUUUAUUAAAUGCUUUUAUAAAAUGAAAAUAAUUAUCAAGCAGCUUUCUAAAUUUCUUGCCCUUAAAUGGUUAGAGUACAGUAUAUUACAGUUCAAGUACAUGAUUUAUACCUCUUUACAAAACCAUGAAUUCAUCUCUAAAAUCGACUAAUUAAAGAACAAGCUUUAAAAAUAAACACCACAAGUGACUACAAGGUACAUUGUAAGACCUUUCAAAGUUUGAAAAGGUAAUAUGUUGUAUAAAAAUAUAAUUCUGUUAAAAUGCACCAAAUCAGUAGAGCAUAAUUCAUUCUGUAACACAGUAUGAUGUUGGUAAUGAAAUAUCUAUUAAAUUAACGGUCAGUCUCAAAGUGAAUUGCUGCAGGAAGAAGUAAAAUAAAGAUUCAUGUGAGACGUUGCACUAAUACAAAUUUCAGCAUAACCAAUGUAAUUGUGAUUAGAAAUAAAUGAAAAAACAAUGACACCAAAAAACAAUGUUUGAUGUACACACCUGGAACUCUUGGAUGUACGUUAAGAAGAAGAAAACGAAACUGAAGGUAGUGAUCCAUUCGCACGCAGCACUUACAAUAUGAAGUGUGUAACACUUCAGGAGUAGGGAAAAAAAUAAAAAACCCAGCAAGUUUAAACAUACCUCAGCACUGCUCUUAUAGUUGCAUCCUCUGGUUUUGGUGUUUAAAAGUUUGGUUAAUGGCAAAUGCAAUUAAAACAAAUUUGAAAUAAAUGGUCUACCUUAUUGCCACUGUUCCAAUGAAGUUUGACAGUAACUGCACAGAAAAUGGCUGGAAAGAGAUGUUCAAUUAAAUCUACUUUAUCUAUAAUAAAAGUGAUUGUUCACAGGAA